CCCAUGACGACGACGCUCUCGCCGGCCGAGCACGAGAUGAAGCUCAUGGUCACCAAGACGCUCGAAGCGCAAGGCGUCCUUAGCCACAUCAAGGCGCAACUCCGAGCGGCGGUCAUCAAGGCGCUGCACGAGACGUCGCCGUCGCCGCCGUCGUUGGGCAAAGCGCACCUACUCAGAUCAGCCGAUACGCAUCUCGCGCUGUGCGUCAUCGCCGACUUUCUCCGGCAGCUGGACCUCCACGAGACGCUCUCGGUCUUGUCGACCGAAGUUGAGAGCCCGCUCUUGAUGGACAGACAGACGCUCGCCAAAGAGAUUGGACUGCCCGACGCCUCGGAGAAGAUCGCUCUGCUCCUGACAGCGCUCGCCCCACGGGCGCCACCCAGUGCCAAGGCCUCCCAGGAUCUACCAAAGACGAGGAGUGCCGAAGUCGACGAGAGCGAAGACGACGAACCGGCACCGUCGAUUUUUUCUGCGGUGCAAAAGCAGUCGCUUCCCGUGCACUCGGCCGAGCCACUCGUGCGACCCGCCACGCUAGUGGCGACAGUGGCCACGCCCACAGACGAAGGCGACGACGACGAGCAAGUCGAGAGUGAGAUGGAGGCAUCCAUGGGCGAUGUGAGCGAAUCGUUUGAAGACAGCAGCGCGUCCCGCGAGGCGCCAAAGGCAACCGAGCAACCGACACCGUCGCCAGCGACGCUCGAGGCGUCUGAUGAUGAGUACACGUUUAUCUCGCAGGCCACGCCACAAUCCCGCAUGUCGUCGCUACCACCGGCCGCAUCAUCCCAACGCCUUGGCGACAGAAACGGCUUGGACGAUGGCAACGACAAGACGCUGCUGUCUGUAGCGGCACAUGUCAUGCCCAGCGACAAAGCGAGAGAUGAGAAUGACGACGACGACGACGAAAACGCGGCGGACGAAGAAGCGCGUCUGUCGUCACUGGAUGCGACGCUCAAGGCGAUGGAAGCUGAGGACGAAACAGGGACGCUAAAGCAGCUGAAAGCCUCACUCCAGCACGAACUCGACGUCAAGAGCGACGACGACCAGUACGGCAGCGACUUUGAGGAAGAUUUUGACGCCGAAGAAGACAUUGCGAGCGACGUCGAAGACGACAUUGACGCGUCCGUGGCCGAGUCUCAAGACGAGUCGUUCCAAGCACCUGCGUCCGACAAGCGCGUCCGGAGCACCGAUGUGCUCGACGACUACGACUACGUCGAGACCAUCCAGAAACCAUAAGUGCAUAGUUGAUUACUGAA